AUGUCAUUUUUCAAUACACAUUACACCUGUGAUUAAAAAUUUUCGGCUUCUAUUAAAAUUUACCAAUAUAAAUAAUAUUUAUUCGUCUUAACAGUGAAAAUGGAGUUAAACGAUGUUAUAGUUAACCAACCGGUCGUUAUAGAUAAUGGUUCCGGAGUUAUAAAAGCAGGAUUCGCUGGCGACCAAAUACCAAAAUGCAGAUUCCCAAAUUAUAUCGGCCGUCCCAAACACAUUCGUGUGAUGGCCGGAGCCCUAGAGGGCGAACUAUUCGUGGGGCCACGAGCAGAAGAACACAGAGGCCUGCUCAGCAUCAAAUACCCCAUGGAACACGGUAUCGUCACAGAUUGGAAUGACAUGGAACGGGUGUGGAACUAUAUUUAUAGCAAGGACCAAUUAUCAACAUUCUCGGAGGAGCACCCAGUUCUGCUCACGGAGGCUCCGCUUAAUCCUCGCAGGAACAGAGAGAAGGCCGCGGAGGUUUUCUUUGAGACGUUCAAUGUGCCAGCGUUGUUCCUGUCCAUGCAGGCUGUGCUUAGUUUAUACGCAACAGGCCGCACCACGGGUGUGGUUCUAGACUCAGGUGAUGGGGUUACCCACUCCGUUCCAAUUUACGAAGGGUUCGCUAUGCCCCAUAGUAUCAUGCGGGUGGAUGUAGCUGGACGUGACGUCACUAGGUAUUUGAGGCUACUCCUCCGCAAAGAGGGUGUGAACCUUCGUACAUCAGCUGAACUAGAAAUAGUGAAAGCGAUCAAGGAAAGAGCAUGUUACCUGUCUCCGAACCCCCUCAAAGAGGAGACCCUGGAUUCUGAACGAGCACAUUAUACACUGCCUGAUGGGACUCAGUUGGAGAUUGGUCCAGCCAGAUUCCGUGCGCCAGAAGUUUUAUUCCGACCAGAUCUCAUUGGUGAAGAGUGUGAAGGCCUCCACGAAGUCCUAAUGUUCGCUAUACAAAAGUCUGACAUGGAUCUGCGCAAAGUUCUCUACCAGAACAUAGUGCUGAGUGGCGGUUCGACGUUGUUCCGUGGCUUUGGAGACCGUCUUCUGGCGGAGAUCAGGCGUCUGGCACCUAAGGAUAUGAAGAUUAGGAUCUCAGCACCGCAAGAGCGUCUAUACUCAACGUGGAUCGGGGGUUCGAUUCUCGCGUCAUUAGAUACGUUCAGAAAGAUGUGGGUCUCGAAACGAGAGUAUGAUGAAGAGGGCCACAGGGCUGUGCAUCGCAAGACAUUCUAAUUUAUUUAAAUGUAUUUAAAUUAUUCGCUAUGAAUUUAACGCCCGUUUAUACGACACGAUCUGUCGUGACGAUUUUUUUGUGUGGAGAAUAUCGUGUGAUUGUAAAGUGGUUUUGUAGUUUCGUUUACUUGUCCGUUUGUAGUGUGGAAUGUAAAUAAAUUAAAAACAUCAUACAAUUUACAGAAAUAUUAACUCAUUUUACGCACUGUUUUAGUGCAAGAUUUUUUUUUAGACUAUUGCAUAGCUUCUAUCGCGGGCCUUGAGCGCGGGGACCGAAUCGAGAAAUUCCGUAACGAAAAAACCUCACGCUCCCCACUCCGACGGGCGGAGGUGUGGCUUGAAGGCAUAGCAUGCAAUAGCGCAACCGCCCCAGUCCCCGAGUGACAUACGUCGUUUUCAUAUUGGUCCGUUACUUUUUGUUGUUAACAAUAAAACUACUUUAUUUAAUAUGCCGCUAAUAAGGUGCUAUUUUUACUCUAGGAAGCUUCAAACACAUAUUCAUACAAUCGUUUUUCUCUGUCACACCUCAAUGUCUCAUAAUAUUCCUUCUAUAAUUCCAUGAAAAUUCAUCCAAAUUAAUUCAACGAUAUUUUGAUCAUGUAGCCGAAAGUCAAUUGAAAACAUAAUUAGAAUGAAUAUGUGAAAAAUAUCGUCAACGAUAAAAAAUGUCGUAACGACGUCGUAUAAACGGGUUCCAAGUCACUUAGUAUUGACUGCGGCGUUGCUUACUAGUUAUACUAAUUAUGAUAACACGAAUAAUAGCUUAAUAAUAAUCGAAAAUUUAUCAACAUUAUUAAUUACGUUACAGUUAUAAAUAAAUUAUAAAAUACUAGCGGUCCGCCCCGGCUUCGACCUAGGUACCUACAUGUUUUGCGUUUUCUCUCCAGAAGAACCAUACUGGUACUUCAAGGAAUAUUAUAUGAAAAAGAAUCAACGAAAUUGGUUCAGCCUUUCUCGAGUUUUGAGGUUAGAAACACGUUUGGCGAUUCAUUUUUAUUAUAUACAAGAUUAGCUAAGAGUGAAAAAGACAAAUUUAAGCAUAAAAUGUUUUGAACUGUGACGUAAUUUAUAAAUGUUACCAUAUCGCAAGGUUGUUAUUUCACAGGCAGAGACAACUUAAGAAAACGUGUAUCAUAGACAUUUGUAUGUCAAUUUUCUUAAAAGAUCAUAAAAAAAGUAUUUAUAUACUGUUACAGAUAAUUCAAUGUAUGUAUUAUUAAAAUUUUUCAUACUGAGGUGAGAUCACGGGAAGUAUGUUAAUCUAAAACCAAGCUUAUCAGUUGUUUGUUAAUCUGUGGUUCUUCUGCUUAAUUUUUAGUCUAUAAUUAUAAAUUGUCUCUGUUAUUAUUUAAAUAAGCAGCUAAUAGCUAUACACUUUUCUUUGCAUAAAGACCAAUUUUUUAGUUAAGUUCGAAUAAUGUACGUGCAUGUAUUUUUAACUGGCAAUUUUUUGCUAAUAAAAAAGUUAGAAUGAUUUCAAUUUGAAUAUGGCAAUAUUGUCACAAUGAAGUAAUAAAAAUUACUAGUUCUAAUAUAUUAUGCACGUAUAACAUAGAUGUAUGAAGCUCAUAAAGUAUUUAUUAGAGAUUUUUUAUUCCAAUUAAAUUAUUUUUUUCUCUA